AGCACUCGCCUGGCCACCUUCUCCUCCUCAGGGACAAGGAGCACCCUCGCAUCUCUCACCAAGAUGUCCUGCUACGACGUGUGCACCCCCAAAACCAGCGUGGCUGUGCCCCAGCCCAUCGCUGAGAGCUGCAACGAGCUGUGUGCCCGCCAGUGCCCCGACUCCUCGGCCUUGAUCCAGCCGCCCCCCGUGGUGGUCACCUUCCCCGGCCCCAUCCUCACCUCCUUCCCCCAGCAAGCCGUGGUGGGCUCCUCCGGAGCACCGGCCUUUGGCGGCUCCCUGGGGCUGGGCGGCCUCUACGGCGCCGGCGCCACCCAGGCCUCGGCUGGCCUCUGCACCUUUGGCAGAGCCUGCGCUGCUCCCGCCUACAGCCCUUGCGCCCUGCCCCGCUACAGCAAGAAGCUCUGGGACACCUGCGGGCCCUGCUAGAGCCACCACAGCCCAGCCCAAACGCGUGCGGCCGCCUCAGCCCAGCAUGGAGAAGUUGAGCUCUGCACAAGCUGCCCUGGCCUCCUGCAGCCCGUGACACCCGGCCUGUCUGGGGCUUGUCCACCAUCAAUCUCCUGGCCUCUCCUGCCCUUUCUGGUACAAUAAAGUUUUCCUGCAUCC